UAAAAAAGUUUAUUGGGCAAUCUUUGGAUACAUUAAAGGACGUCCAGAGGAUGUUGUAAAAAACCUUUGAAAAGCAUGUUUUAUCGUUUUUAAAAUGUUCGUAUUCAGUUACAAUGAAAUUUUACAAGGGUGAAUGAGUCAAGUUUCCAAGCAGGACCAGAUACGUAUUUCUAAAACGACUUUUGUCCAUUUACCGAGCCGUUGUCCCACCGUCCGGACUAUGGAAGGACAAAGACAGAGCGCAACGCAACGAUCAGCUGUUACGUUCUGUUACAGCAUGGUUAUCGUGCCGGCCGGUUCCAAAUUCGCUCCGACAACAGCCGACCGUCCGCCGCUGCAUCAGUUGUUGUUCAGCCUGUUAGCUGGCGCGUUCUACACCGAAUACCGGUACCGGCUUCUAACAUAAAGUAUGUGCAUAUCAUACGAUAACAAAAUCAUAGAAUUGGUCCUGGACGUGUCUGUAGAGUGUUUUAGUCCCCAGCAACAAUCCGUGCAAAAACUAUUGGUCAGAAGACUGUAUUUCGACGACCACGUUUUCUUGUGAAAAAACUAUUUUACCAAUUUUUUUUUUUGACUUGUGUGUUAAUAAUUAAAAAAUGUCGACUGGCAAAAGAAUAGCCAAGCGUUCGAUAAUCGGUACGCGCGUGUGUGCUCCCGGAGAAGACGGCAAGUACUACUCGGGAGUUAUCCAAGCAGUCAAAACUCCAGCCUCGUCGCUAGAAUACAAUAGCAACUGUAUCAAUCUCACUCCGAAUACCAAAUACACGGUACGAUUCGAUUCGAGACAAGGAAACCUGGGCAGUACCACGGCCGAAUUUUUGGAAUCCGAACUGAUCGGUCCAGGUUUUCAAUCGGUUUUGGGCACCGAACUUGUACCGCAACAAAAAUGCUUCGUCACAUUUAACGGACGCGAAAUUUGCGGUCAAGUUAUGAACCAUCACUUGGAAACGGAUGAAGUGAUCAUCAGGAUUCAUCCGAUUAAUACUGAGGCUCACUUUGAAGUAACCAAAAAACUGGAAGAGGUCCGUUUAUUGGAAUCGCGUAAAUCUGCCAGGCUGGCCGAUCAGGACACCGAUUUUGCCAGAUUAGCAGACAUGGCGGGAGAUAGAAAACGAACUGCCUCGCAUACUAUCGACGUUCCUGCGCCAUCUUACCAUGGUUCGCGUAAAAGGAGACCGAGCACUAGCCAAGACGACAACCUUCGUCCGAAAACAGCGAUGGACGAGUGUAGUGCCGCAUUAGUUUUAAUGAGCCUUUCGUGUUCACCUCAAAAUGCCUUUUCUUAUAUCAGUACAUCUCCUGGGAGUAGUAGUAGCAGUUCAGCUUCAUUCCGUUCCACACCGUCACCACCACCAAGUAACUCGCCCAUCAAUUCGUUCAGUUCCGGUUCGGAUGAAGGAAUCGUCAUGGAUUAUAUGGUGAGAUUCUAUUUAGAGACUAAUGAUUACACCCGAGACCAGAGAUUUGAAGAUUCUAAAAGAUCUGAAGCAUGA